UUAUGAGCUAUGCAUACGACAUGUACAGUGCUAGUGCCCACCGCACGCCCCAGAUUUGUAUUCUCUUGAUGUACACAUCUUCACUUACUCGUCGAGUCAUCUCCAAUACAAGACGUUGGGCAAUUUCCAUGUCAUCCAGUGAGACUUCAGAAAUGCGGCAUUUAUUAGCAAGGGUCAACCCGAUGACUGGUAGCAAUGAAUGGGUGGUUGAGGACGCCACAUACGAUUAUCAUCAGGAGAUCGCCCGGUCGGCUUACACCGAUAUGCUCCACGACGAUGAAAGGAAUAAAAAAUACUAUGAAGGCAUAAGACGAGCUAUUAGAAUCAUGCACGAGAGAGGGAAGAAGGCCAAUGUACUAGACAUCGGUACCGGAACCGGACUACUGUCUAUGAUGUCGGCAGAAAGUGGGGCAGACAGUGUCCAUGCGUGUGAGGCAUUUGAACCAAUAGCAGAGGCAGCCAAGAAAAUCAUUGCAGAGAAUGGCUUUGCAGACAAAAUCAAAGUGGUCUCUAAAAGGUCAACAGAGGUCACAGUUGGACCAGACGGGGACAUUCCUCAUAGAGCCAAUAUUCUUCCUGCUGAGGUAUUCGAUACUGAAUUGAUCGGUGAAGGGGCAGUACCAACCUACCUCCACGCCCACAGACAUUUAUUACAGGAAGAUUGCAUCUGUGUCCCUCACUCGGCGACUGUUUAUGCACAAGUCAUCCAAUCAGAUCUCAUCUGGGAAUGGCACAAACUCCAACCAAUCAAAAUCCCCGGCCACAGCAGCAUCCACCCCCCGGCCAAGAUGGACGCCUGCUCCGGGGCAGCCUCGGUCCACGACAUCCAACUCAGUCAGGUGUCACCUGAGCAGUUCCAGCCAAUCACCUCCCCCCUCGCUAUGAUGGACUUCAACUUCAGUCGUGGAGAUUUCCGAGAGAGCGGAUUGGCGACCGUCGAUGCCGAUGUCCUGACGGAGGGAAUAUGCCACGGAAUCUUCAUGUGGUGGGACUUGAGCAUGGACACUAAGGGUGAGAUUCGGUUGAGUACAGCGCCUUCUUGGGCCCACCCUGAUGGAGAAGAGGCCCAGUGGAGAGAUCACUGGAUGCAAGCCGUCUACUUCUUUGAUCAACCUCUGCAGGUGCAGAAAGGAGAGAGGAUUCACGUCACAUUAUCCCACGAUGAUUACAGCAUGUGGUUUAAUGUCGGCCACACUGAACUGCCGAAGGUUGACAUCGAGAGACCGAUAUGUAGAUGUGGAGCCCAUGUAGUCUGGAGCCGACCAAGGAUAGGAAUGCUUAAUGAUGCUACACGAACAGGGAAAUAUACACAAGUUCUGCAAAAGGUGGUUAAGAAAGAGUCAUUAUGUGUCAGCAUUAGUGAUGGUUCAAUGUUACCUCUGAUAGCUGCAAGGCUGGGUGCCAAACAGGUGUAUACCCUAGAGCCUAACUCUCUUUGUCGUCGCGUCAUGGAAGACAUUAUCAAGUCCAACAAUCUCAUCGACGACAUCAAUGUCCUGAAUCAAAACGCUCAAGAAUUACCCAACAAGAUAUUCAAAGGUCAAAAGAUUGACGUCUUGAUGGGAGAGCCAUUUUUCAUCUCCAGCAUCCUACCCUGGCACAAUCUGCACUUCUGGUACGCGAGGACAGCCCUAGCGUCCCAUUUAGCGGACAGCGCCCUCAUACUGCCAUGCUGUGCCAGGCUCAGGGGUGUGGCGCUGGAGUUUGAGCACCUGUGGAAGUUCCAUGCUCCUGUGGGCGACAUCGAGGGCUUUGAUGUUAGGAUAUUUGAUAGUCUUGUGCAGAGAUCCUCACAUAUCAGUGAUGCUGCAACUGAGCCACAUCAUCUGUGGGAAUACCCGAGCCGAACACUCGCAGCGGACUUUGACCUUACAGAGUUUGACUUCACUCAGCGUGUACCCACCGAUACAGUAGUACAAAAAGGAACAGUUGAAGUCCUUGGGGACGGCUUGUGUCAUGGCAUAGCCUUAUGGAUGGAGUACCAGAUAGAUGAGAACACCUGGAUCUCCACGGGUCCCUCACACCCUCUACCAUCUCCCACCAGGGACCUAAGGUGGGACAGACACUCCAAGCAAGGGGUGCAUUUCAUCAAGAGUAACCCCCGAGUCACGCCGGGAGGCAAGAUUCAUUUUGAGGUCUCAUUCAAUCCAUCUCAGGGAAGCCUUUAUUUUAACUUUGAAGUGUUGUGAUAUUGGAAAGAGUUUU